CAAAAAAAUAAAAGACAAAGAGAAGCACAAAAUAUUCGUUUCUCAUUUUAUUUUUACUUCACGUGAUUGUGUCAGCUCAAUAAAUUUGUCAAUUUUACUUGUCAACUUUUCUUUUAAACAAAAAUUCUUCAAGAUUGGCAACCACGCCCCUCUCCAGACACGCUUCUUUCUUCUUCCUCUCCUUCUUCUUUCAAACACACGCACAGGAAAACCCAGAGCCUUUUUUUUUUCUCUGCUUAAAACACCGGGUUUGUUCUUUCUAAUUCAAUCUCCAUAAGUUUCCAAAAUGGCUGGGAAUUUAACUACAGGUGGAACUGAAGAUCUUCCUGCUAAUACAAACGGGAAUUCUGCAAAUAACAAUUCACUAGUUGUUUGCUUUGGUGAAUUAUUGAUCGACUUUGUACCAACUGUUGGGGGGGUUUCUCUGGCUGAAGCUCCUGCCUUCAAGAAGGCUCCUGGUGGUGCUCCAGCUAAUGUGGCUGUUGGUGUAUCCAGAUUAGGGGGAUCAUCAGCUUUCAUAGGCAAGGUAGGUGAAGAUGAAUUUGGCUACAUGUUGGCUGACAUUUUAAAGCAAAACAAUGUUGACAAUUCUGGCAUGCGAUUUGACCGUAAUGCAAGAACUGCAUUGGCAUUUGUUACACUCAGAGCUGAUGGUGAACGUGAAUUCUUGUUUUUCCGUCAUCCAAGUGCUGAUAUGCGUCUUCAUGAGUCAGAACUUGAUAUAAACCUCAUUAAGCAGGCAAGGAUAUUUCAUUAUGGUUCUAUUAGUUUGAUUGAGGAACCGUGCAAGUCAGCUCACCUUGCAGCAAUGAACAUUGCUAAGAGGUCUGGCAGCAUCCUCUCUUAUGAUCCAAAUUUAAGAUUGCCACUGUGGCCAUCAGCAGAGGCUGCUCGGAAAGGCAUAAUGAGUAUAUGGGAUCAAGCAGACCUUAUUAAGGUAAGCGAGGAUGAAAUUACAUUCUUAACAGGAGGUGAUGACCCUUAUGAUGAUAAUGUGGUGAUGGAGAAGCUGUUUCAUCCUAAUCUUAAGCUUUUGGUUGUUACUGAGGGGUCAGCAGGUUGUAGAUAUUACACCAAGGCAUUCAAGGGCAGGGUUCCUGGCAUUAAAGUUAAACCUGUUGACACAACAGGUGCUGGUGAUGCAUUUGUCAGUGGCUUACUGAGCAGCCUAGCUUCUGAUUUAAAGCUAUUUCAGGAUGAGAAGCGGUUAAGAGAAGCUUUAAUUUUUGCAAAUGCCUGUGGAGCUAUCACUGUAACAGAGAGAGGUGCAAUUCCUGCUCUGCCCACAAAAAAGGCUGUUCUUGAUGCCUUAACCAAAUUUUAUGCUUCAUAGAAAUUAGUAGAGAUCCUAGUUGGUAUACUUUGUUGUAUUAAGCUCUUGUAGUUUGUCGUUUCCAUGCUGAAGUUCAGAGGACAAAUUGCUCAUCAUAGAACAAAAUAGAUUUGUAGGCUACAAAUUUUCUUUAAUCUGUUUGAGCUAAUUUUGUUUAUUCAAGUGUUAUAGAAGUUUGAUUCAUUCAAUAAAACUAGUUUUUCUGUUCCCAAA